UGGUUUCAACGAAAAUUGCGAGCAGUGGCAUACACCUGAUAAUUCUCCAACGGAAAAAUCAGUUAUCCAGAUUCUAGAGCAAGACCAUGGCAGCUUAAUGGCAAACUUCAUUGUCUAAACUGACGACUACUUGUUUCUGAUCAUGAAAAUGGAAGGUGCAGAGUCCUUGGACGAAUGGGAGCAAGUCCAAUUGGAAAUUGUUGCUGUUAGAAACAACAGCCAUGUUCAAGACGACCUCUCUGUUUUCCCUCCAAGCUACCAUGAAGACCUUCAACUCCCACCACCGUCACCAAAAUCUCCGCCAGAUUCUCCAGUUCUUAGCCGGCCGAGUUCAGUUGCUGCGUCUAAUAGUACUGAAGCUGAAGAAGGGUUGCCGUUGCUGUCCGAUUCAAUUUCAAAACCAAUAGCGGGAAAUGAGUUCGGGAAGCGUUUGAGGUUGCGCUUUGAGAUUUUGAGGUCUGGGAUUUGUUGGAUUGUAAGCAGAGCUCGUGGAGGAAGUGGGUUUUGGUCAUUUGCGUCCGUGAGUGUUGUAGUGGCCACGGCGGUCCUGCUGUACUCGAGGGUGCAGAGAUGGCGUCAACGUCUCCGGAAAGAAAGCGAGAAUCGUCUGAUCCACAUUAUCAAAGAGAAGGACCAGAAGAUCAGCCAGCUCUUGCUUCAGAUUGCACAAAUGAAUGAGAUGAUAUCCGCACGCAAGAAGGUUCCUGUUAUCAGAGUUGCUUGAUUUGAUCAGGCGUUUUCUAUGCAGGUGCUAUUGGGCUUCCCGAUAUUUUCCAUUUUUAGUCAGAGAUAGAGAAAGAAAAACAUGUAUGUAUAUUUGUGUAUUUAGAUGCUUGUCUAUUAAAUUGGUGACUGCACCAGUUUUCAUAA